AUGCCGCCGCAGCCCGUACUUGAGCCGUCACUAAUCAAAGACCUAUCCAACCACAUCUACGAGAAACGGAAAGCGACUGCGUUCCAAAUCGAAGCAAUAACCAAGGCAGCCCUAGGACGAAAUGACUCGCAAACAAUCUACAGAAUAAUUCAAGAACUAACAAACCUCACCACGUUAUCGGGCGGCGGGUCCGGCUCUUCAAAUUCCAACUCCAACUCAGCCAAGAUGGGAGCCAUAACCGCGUUGGGCAGCGUUAGCGUGGCCCUUGGAUCAUUUGUCAUUGCUUACUUCUUGGAAGAUAUCAUCAAGCCGAUAUUUGCCACGUUCAAAGAUACCGAUGCGCGCGUGAGAUAUUACGCGUGCGAGUCGCUAUAUAACGUGGCCAAGAUUGCCCGCGGGGAAAUCUUGCUCUACUUCAACGAAAUCUUUGAUGUGUUAUGUAUCUUGGUGAGCGAUUCCGAAUCGAGCGUCAAGAAUGCGGCUGAUAUCUUGGACCGUUUAAUCAAGGAUAUCGUGAGUGCCAAAGCUACUAAUUAUGUCAGCAUUCUCCAUGCGCAGCAUCCAAGUGCUGCUGAUAACGACGAGAUGAAUGGCAAUUACGAUUACGAUUUGGCGGUGCGGUCCAAUCUUGUUGAUGCCCAGGGCAACACUAUCCAGAUUAACCACCAGCAGGAUCCACUGAAGGCGUUCCAGUUGCCUAAAUUUAUUCCGACGUUGUUGGAGAGGAUGUACACUAUCGAUCCGUUUACAAAGAAGUUUUUGUUGUCGUGGUUGGAGCUCUUUGAUGAUAUACCGAGCUUGGAGUUGAUUUCAUUCUUGCCCAGUUUUUUGAAACCCUUGAUCAAGUUUUUGUUUAAUGGGGCUCCUCAGGACAUCAAAUUGGAAACGCAGAAUUUGUUGAAUGUGUUCUUGAAGGAGAUUCGCGCUGUUGCGAGUGUCAAGUUGGAGUUGAAGCGCAAGCGCAAGGAGAUGGAGAUUGAAAAGGCACGAGCUGGAAAGGAGAAGAAGAAUGAACAAGUGGAGAAAAAUGGCAAAGAGGUACAAGCUGGCGAAAGUGGCGAAACAAGGGAACAAGGGCAUGAAGUUGAAAAAUCCAACGGCAAGGCGGAGGAAACGGAGGAGGAGUUGGUGAUUGAUGAGGAUGCAAGUAUCACUUCGGAAAGCACCACCGUGUUUAGAAGGAAAGAAAUUAUGAAAGAGGGCCAAAACGGGCAAGAGAUUGAGGAAAUUGAAGGCGAAGAAGAAAUUGAAGAUGAAGAUGGCGAAGAAGAAGAAGAAGAAGAGGAAGUCAUCUUUGGUCAGAAUAUAUACAUCGACCACCUGAAAAUCAUCACCAUCCUUCUUUCAUUCCUACAAUCGUUUGGACAAAAUACAAACAAGGCCAAGAAUGACUUUGCAGGGGACUCGCACGAGACGUUGUGCGACGUCCAGUUCAUCUGCUUGAAAUGGCUCCAGGAGUUAAUCGACAUUGCCCCGCAGGAUAUCCUCACGAGCGUACCCGAGUGCGUGGCCAUCAUAUUGAAGAACAUCUCCAUCACCGAUGAGCAGCAGGAGUUUGAGUUGCGUGACCAACUAAUCAACUUCAGCUAUAACAUGCAGACGUUUUUGAACAAGUUGCACAAUGAUAUCGACGCGUUUGAACUAUACGGAUUGAACCGCGAGAGCAUCGCUUUAUUCAACUCGGUCCAGUUGCCGCACAUGCUUUCGGCAAUCAUCAACGAAUACCUUGCUCCGUCUCCCAUUCACAACAACGAGUUGUCGAGAAUCAACUCGUUGGAAUGGCUCAUAUUCGUUUACGAGCGCGUGCCGGUUGAUUUUUUGAAAUUCUUCCAGAGCAACGAUAAUGGGUUUGAGUUGACGGAUUUGUUGAAAUACGACACCAGCAACGAUGUGAUUUUAAAAGUGUUGCAAUUAUUGGCUAAGAUUUCAGAAACGAACCAAGAGUUUUUCAAAGAUUUCAUCUUCAAACUCAUCAAACUCUUUGAAAUCGAAGGGUUUGAAAAGAGCAGCAAAGUUGAAUUCAUCAUUCGCAAAUUGUGCCUCACUCUCAACUCGGAAAUCAUCUUCACGACCUUGUCGGAGGUUUUCCAACAAGAGUACAACUCACAGCCUUUGACGUUUGCCGACUUGGAAUUCACCAACAUGAUGAUUGUGACAUUGAACAAUAUCCUCCUUACGUCUUCGGAACUUUUGCCAUUCCGCCGCAAGCUAAAGACGCUAGAUAUACUUGAUGAUCAGAACUGGUCACUCUUUUCCAAUCUUUUCCAAUCGUGGUGCUUUGACUCCUCGAGUGCAAUCUCACUAUGUCUCCUCACUUGCAACUACCACUUGGCCUACCUCAUAAUCAAAUCGCUCUCGGAAUUCGAGAUCACCUCACAGUUGUUGAUCCAGCUAGACGUGUUGGUGCAGUUGCUCGAGCUGCCGAUCUUUAUCAAAUUGCGCCUUCAGUUGCUUGAGCCGCAGGAGUACCCUGACUUGUACAAGAGUCUUUACGGCUUGCUUAUGAUCUUGCCGCAAUCCACCACGUUUAUGAGUUUGAAGAACCGAGUCAGCACCAUGGUUAGUUUCCAAGCUGACCAAUUUGGCGCGCUAAGGCUACAGAAUAAAAAAUGCUGCGGGAGCGAAGAGCAAAAACGCAAGGAUGAAGAACGCAAGGUUGUUGAGUCGAGAAGUGCCGAAUUGUUGAAACGGUUUGUUGGCGUUCAGACUCGAUGCGAGGAGCUGCUGCAUUCGAACUCAAAGGGUAUCAAUUGA